ACCGCUGCGCGAUGAGUUGUCGAAAGAAGAAACAAUAUAGGAUACUAAACAGGACGCUUAUGACGUAAAAGGCGCACUUACAGUUGCGGUGUGGCCUGAAUGGUCGAGCGCCGCUAGUUCUUCUAAUAUUAAUAGGUCGUGGUAGAUGGGCAGCUUCUUCGCCCCGUCUUCCCUUCUACUUAAGCGAUAGACAUCAUGUCAGUCCCAAUUCCACAGCCUCCCGGAGUGCCCCUUUUGGGGAACAUCUUUGAUGUCGAUCCCAACAAUACGUGGGAUUCGCUGAGGGAGCUAGCAGAGAAAUACGGAGAGAUAUUUCAGAUCAAGGUUUUGGGCCAUACGAUUGUAUUCGUAGCUGGUGCGACCAUUGCGGAGGAGUUAUGCGACGAGAAACGGUUCCGGAAAUACGUCGGUGGUCCAAUAGUCGAAAUACGGUACGCCGUACAUGAUGCUCUGUUCACGGCAUUCGACGACGAGGCGAGCUGGGGCAUCGCACACCGUAUUAUCGCACCGAAGCUCAGUCCGCAAUCACUCGCGGGAAAUUUCGUGGAAAUGAGGGACACUACCGCCGAGCUUAUAACGAAGUGGAAAGGACUAGGUACUGACAACAAGAUAUCAGCUAUUGGCGAGUUAAACAGGUUGAAUCUCGAAGCGACAACAUUGACCCUCUAUGGGAAGAAGUUGAACUGCCUUUUCGGACCUGAGCAUCCAAUGAUAAAGGGGAUGGAAGACUCGACAUCCGAAGCGAUGAAGCGACCAAACCGUCCCAAAUUUAUGAAUUGGCUCUUUUACGGUAGUAAGUUUAGCAACGCCACGACUACGAUGCGCAUGUAUGCGCAAGAACUGGUGAACUAUCGCAAAGCCAAUCCAACAGAUCGACAGGACCUGCUUGCAAUACUAAUGAGCGCCACGGAUCCGGAAACGGGCACAUCUCUAACCGACUCACAAGUUAUCGACGAGAUCGUUACCAUGCCAAUUGGUAGCAGCACAGCGCCAGCAAUGCUCAGCACUGCUAUAUACUUCCUCCUGAAGAACCCGGAUGUGGUGGCCGAAGCACGCCAGGAACUGGACUCAGUCAUCGGUGAUGACGAGUUUAAGUUCGAGCACUUGGCACAGCUCAAGUACAUUGAAGGCAUCAUGCGCGAAUCCCUUCGACUCUCAUUCGCAGCUCCGGGUUUCAAUAUCGAGCCUAUACCCAGCGACAGCAAGGCACCCGUUCAACUAGCUAGUGGAAAGUACCAAGUCGCGCACAACCAGCCCAUGAUCAUCGUCUUGGCGGGAGUUAACAGGGACCCUACGGUAUUUGAGAAACCACUUGCGUUCAGGCCCCAGAGGAUGAUAGGGAAGGCAUUUGACGAUCUCCCGUCCGGGGUUAAGAAGUGGUUUGGGAACGGGAAGAGGGAGUGUAUUGGAAAGCAUUGGGCCUGGCAGUUCAGUAUGAUUGUGCUAACUAUGUUAAUCAAAGAGGUGGACUUUGAGAUGGUGGAUUCGAAUUAUACGUUGGAACAAGACGGUUGGUUUAACCUGAGGCCGGUGGGAUUUGAGGUCGGAGUCAAACCGAGGGGUAAAUGAUGUAAUUGAUAGGAUGAAGAUAAAAUUUGGAAUGCACUUUGAGGUCUAAAUAAAUGAUGGUUCCAGGCGAAGUUCAAAUCUAUUAACUUAGGUAGGUAGUUGAAAAGGGUUGAAAAGGGAGACAUGAAUCUACCUAAGAUCUCAAUAAUGCUCUGUACGUCAUAUUGUACAUUAUGCAAGCUAUGCGUUUAUUUAUGUAAAAACUAUCACGUGUUUAGAAUUUUUCGAA